CUUGCAACUCUCAAGACCUGUGUUCUGCCCGUUCCAAAAUAAAUCCGUACACUCUAAUAAUUCUUUUUGUUGUUUACCACUUCUCUCUUCACCCCUUUGCCCUUCUUUUUCCAAUCUACUAUUUCCAAUUUACCCGUCUUUUUAAUUUUCCCUCAAGAAAAUGGCCCCAUCUGCCCCCUCAAUUAACAGCGUCGGCAGUUCGCGCAUGGCGACUCCUCGCCCGAGCAGUUACCGGCACAAGUCCGAGAAGCGCGGCAUGACCUACAACAUCAUGCUUGUUGGCCAGUCUGGUCUGGGCAGACGCACGUUCCUCAACACGCUGUGCGAGCGCGAGGUUGUGCCUCCCCCCGAGGCGCCGAACCCCGAGACCGCGCACAUUGCCGACCCGAUGAAGUUUGACACAUACGAGGUGACGCUGGAGGAGGAGGGCACGCGCAUCAGCCUGACAGUGAUUGACACGCCGGGGUUCGGCGAUGGGCUGGACAACACCGGGUGCUUCAAGCAGCUGCAGGACUACAUUGAGGCGCAAUUCGAUGAGGUUCUGGUGGAGGAGAGCCGGAUCAAGCGCAACCGCCGGUACCGCGACCACCGGAUCCACGCGCUGAUCUAUUUCAUUGCGCCGACGGGCCACUCGCUGCGCGAGUUGGACAUCGAGCUGAUGCGCCGGCUGGGCGAGUAUGUGAACAUUCUGCCGGUGAUCGGCCGGGCGGACACGCUGACGGUGGAGGAGCUGGCGGUGUUCAAGCAGAACAUCACGCGGGACCUGGAGUACUACAAGCUGCCGGUGUAUAAUUUCUGCUGGGAUGACUCGGACACGGAGGCCCUGGAGGAGAACCGCGAGAUCAUGGGCCUGAUGCCGUUUUCUGUGGUGACGUGCGACGAGGUCCUGGAUAACGAGUACGGAUCGGUGCGUGUGCGCCGCUAUCCGUGGGGCACCAUCGAGAUUGACGACGAAUCGCAGUGCGAUUUUGCGCUGCUGCGCUACAUCCUGCUGAACUCGCACAUUGCCGAUAUGAUCAACUUCACCGAGGACGUGCUGUACGAGAACUACCGCACGCGCAAGCUCGAGGUUGGCGGCUUUGGCGAGGCCGAGGACGACGAAGAGCAGGAUGACGAGCAGGACGCCGCUGCAGGCAAGAGCCAAGAGUAAGUCCACACAUUCCACCUUCCCCCUUUGAUAUCCUCUCCACAGCCCUCCGUCAUUUUUUGUUUCCUCCAGCUCUCCCCCUCCCCUGCCUGCGGCAGAUCAGGGCAGGCAAGUCUCAAUUCUGUUCAGUUUUAACUUUGUCUGGAACAAAACCUUCAAAAAUUGCAUGCACACACCCACACCACAUCACAUGCGACCAUGAUGCCACUAACUUGCGUGCGCGAGCAUAGGAAGGCGAACCCCGAAAAGGCCGAGUUUGCCGAGACCCGC